AAAAGUGAACGUGAAGAGCAAAACAAACACAAAUCAAAACAUUGCUGCAAACAUUUGUUAUGGAUACAAAGCAGCGAAAACUCGCCAGUAGAAUCUUCGAUACUAAGAAUAAUGUUAAAAACUGUGGAUAAGUGCCCUGGUUUAUACUGCGGUAAAACAAUCCAGGAAAACUCGUCGCUUAGUGAGUGUGGAGCAUGUUUGCGUGGUUUUCGUGUGAACGAGCAAUUUGUUUGUGCACCUUGCGAGAAUGAUCUAAGCGAGCACGAUUGGCUCUAUCUUGGUUUUAUGGCCAUUCUCCCGCUGAUAAUUCACUGGUUCUGUAUCGAUUUGAACGCCCAACAGCGAAAGUUCACCAAAGGAGAACUGAUACUACACGCGAGUGCCUGCGUUGAGGUCAUUUUGUCUGCGUUUUUGACCAUACUUUUCACCGAUCCGAUUUGGGAGCUGCGCAUCAAUUCCUGUGGAGUUCGUAAGCUGUCGGACUGGUAUACGCUGUUCCAUAAUCCUACGCCGAACUAUGAUACCACGUUGUACUGUACCCAGGAAGCGGUGUACCCAUUGCAGACCAUGAUAUUUGUGUUUUAUCUAUUCUGCAUUACGUUCAUGAUGAUCAUCCGGCCCGCUCUGAAUGUUAAGUUUCUUCCGUUUCGAGGCAAAAUGGCAGUAUAUUACGCGUUGUAUAUUUUCCCAAUUCUCUCGCUUUUACAUGCUGUUGCCGGUGGAUUAAUUUAUUACUCAUUUCCCUAUCUGAGCAUUGUUAUUUCGGUGGUAUCCAAUGCGCUUCACUUUUCCAUUAAGCUCGAUCAGACAAUGAAAUCUUUGCUGGAAACUUCCAUCACUCAAAUGCGUAAUGUCACCAUAAUUCUUGGUCACUGGUUGCUGUUGGCUUACGGAAUUAUUUCGAUACCAUAUAAUAUCUCGUAUUUUUCACUCAUGCUGGUGCCGGCCCCAGCACUGUUUUAUAUUUCUACUGCAAAGUAUACACAUCCUGAUAACUUUAAAUAGAAUUAAAGGAUAAGCGAUAUAUAUGUUUGAAAACAUAAUCUGACUAUGGCUGUUCUAGAAAUACAACUUUAGUUAUUUUGAAA